AUGUGGAAGCUCCAACUGGGCACCACUGACCAACCAGAGUCAGUAUUGAACCUCUUGAAAGGGCAUGGGUUAACCCAAACACAGAUAAAGAAAUUGGUCGCCACUCGUCCGCUGAUUCUUUUGGCUGACCCACUCAAAACCCUUAAACCCAACUUCGAGUUGCUGAAGACAAUGGGAUUUUCUGGUGUUAACCUGGUGAAACUACUCCAAAGAGACCCAAGAAUACUUGAAACCGAUGCACAUACAGUAGUUGAGUUCUUUAGGGCUUAUGGAUUCAGUGAAAAGCAAAUUUCAACAUUGACCAUGAAGCGCCCCAAUUUAUAUUUAUAUAAUGCACAAAAAAUUUUCACGCCUAAGUUGGAGUUUUUCAAAUCUGUUGGCCUGUCUGGAGAAGAAAUUGCUCAAAUAUUGUCCUCAGAGCCUUAUAUUUUGGAAAGGAGUCUCGAAAAUCAUAUCAUACCUUCUGUUGAUGUCAUAAGGCGUAUCCUUGGCACCGAUGAGAAAGUAUUGAAAGCAAUCAAGGCAUGCUACCGCAUACUUGAAUACAAUUUGGAGGAGGUACUUGGUCGAAACAUUGAAAUCUUGAUGAAUCAUGGUGUACCCAAGUCAAUAGUUUUGAAAUUGAUGAUGAUUCAACCAAAGUCGCUGCUUGUGAGAACUACUCGAUUUGGAGAGGUUGUCGGUGAAAUAACGAAAUUAGGUUUUAAUCCCUCUUCUCUACUAUUUGUUUUAGCUGUCCGCUCAAUGGCAGUCACGAGCAAAUCACUGUGGGAACGGAAAUUUGGAGUUUAUUGUAGUUAUGGUUUGUCAGAGGAUGAGAUUAUUAAAGCAUUCAAAUUGCAGCCCAUGUGUAUGAUCACUUCAGAAAAGAAAAUCCAGAAAUUGAUGACUUUCUUUGUGAAUGAGCUGAAGUUGAAGCCUUCGAUGAUUUCCAAGAAUCCGAAUCUUAUGCUACUUAGCUUGGAAAAGAGGAUUAUCCCAAGGUGUUCAGUUUUACAACUUUUGAUGUCAAAGAAUCUGAUUAGGAGAGAUACGAGCUUAGUUUUCGCCUUCAGAAUGUCGGAAAAGAUGUUUAUGGGGAAGUUUGUGAGCAAGUAUCAGAACGUGAUUCCUGAAGUUGUUGAAGCAUAUGAAGGCAAGAUAAAGUUUCAGGGAUUUCCUGUUGCUUUAAAAAUGUAAAUGGAUAUAUUGUUGUAGAAUAUGUCCAGCAUAGUACUUCAAGAUCUCCUGUCCGGCACAGUUAUUUGAGAUCUCGACUUAAAUUUAAAUUAAGAUUGCACAAGUUUAUCUGGAUUGGUUGUCCAUUCCUUGCUCUGCUGUAUCAGUUGAUGGCAAUGAGAUGAUGCUUUCCAGGAAAUGACAGUGGUCUUGUUUAUUAGCAAUGGCAAUAGCCAUUACAGUUCUGGAGACUCUCCUCCCUGUCCUCCAUUUAGUUGCCAAGGAAUGACAGAACUGAAGGAUUAUAAAGUCCUCUGUGAGAUAAACAUCAAGUCACUUGUUGAAUUUUAAGCAGUCAGGUUUUAAAGCUUUUAAUUUUAUUAUUUGAACAUCACAUUUUCUUCAAAUUAUUAUUCAAUUGAUUUGAUCAUUGGCACAGUGAUUUUAUUAUUCUUUUUUAUGCUUUCUCUAUAAAGAAAAAUGGUUAGCUAAAG